AUGAGUUGCGGGCGUGUCAUCGAUGGCGACGAGCCCCUCUUCGAUUUUGAUGCCAUUGAGGGCCUUGAAGGCAACGACCCGGCAACCUUGGACACAUGCAUGAGUGCACACACCAUGCCCGCCGAGCUCUUCGACAUGUCCUUCAUCCCUCAACUCGCCCACCUCGACCUAUCGUCCUUCUCCGCGGCAUCGACACCCGCGGAAGUAGUUGACUUUAUCUUUAGGGCUCAGGAGCCCGACUCGUACGAGUAUUUUGAGGACAGUGGCGACUUGUGUGCCUUCAAAGACAAGGGCAAGGCGGUAUCUAGGCCAGUAGACAUCGUUCCGCGAGACAGCUCCAUGACCCCGCGUUUUGAUUUGUUUUCAUUUAAUGGCGGCACAUCGGGUCCCAGCAAACAAAGCCGCCGUUCACUCCGCGCAUCGUCAUCCGUCUCACCCCCUCAAUCCCCUGAUUAUUUUGCCUUUUCUCCGAUGAGCGACGUCCGGCAAGGCUCUGCGGCAGCUAGUUACGCGACGGAUAUCACAACUCCGGGAUCCUCAUUUCCUGAUGCACAGCAGCUCAAGUCGGAUCUCUCGCAUGAGUCGGAGGACGUUGGAAAGGGAAAGUCGCGCGCUGAACCACCGUCAUUACCUCCCCUUUUGUUCAGUCCAACAGAAUUUUCGCGAGGGGAGACGAAUUGGCCGAUUGAGAUCGGUCAUUCUCCGGUGAAUGCAGUCUCUUCGUCCAGUCAUGCUUCACCGACGGUCGUCGAUUUCCCGGCAAGUCCCACACCUCCGUUGGGCUCGGGUGCCUCAACUCCCAUUUACAAAUGUGCAUCUCGCCAUCGUUCAUUUCCAUCUUUAACUACAGAUUCUCCACGACGCUUUGCAACACGACAGCCUCGCAGGUCAAAGUUAAGUCUAAUCAGUGGCAAGCGCCCGAGCAACUUAGCUCGCAAGUUACUAUCGAGGAACGAUGUUUUUGAGCCGGAAUAUAUCGUCCCUUCAAACACCCCUAUUCAAGAAACAGAACGCAUUCUUUAUUCUAGUCUUUCUGCACCGUCCACACCUUGCAUCUCUCGUUCCUUUGCUAUUUCAGAUGCAUAUGCGAUAUCCGCCCUCCGCGUUGGAGGUUCCUCGCCAAGUCUCUUUGAAUGUAUGCUACCUAAAGAGAUAAAGUUGGAGGUCUUUCAUACUCUGCUCCGCCUGCAUGAGGUGGACGGCGAAACACUGCAGAAGUCUUCUGGCUGGACAGCCUUGAAGGCGUCUCAGAAGGAGCAUCGCUGGAUUGGCAAGGAGAAAGGAAUUGUUGAACUGAUUCGGCUUAGCAGGGUGUCCAAAUCAUGGCAAAGUCUUGUCUUCGAUGGUCAGCUUUGGCACGACCUCAACCUCAAGGCAUUUCCGAAUAUACCGAUACAUAUGUUGCGCCAUCUGGCGGUAUCUUCGGGAUCGUUCAUUCGGACCGUGGACUUGACUGGUCAUACACAACUCACAGCGGCGUCUUUCUUGGAACUCACGAAUUCUUUUUGUAUCUCAAAUACCCUCCCUGGUGAAACCAUGUCGGUCACCCAGCUAACCAGUAUUAACCUUUCUGGUUGUUCUGGUAUCACUACCCGUGUAUUGCAUGAUCUGAUCACACGAUCACCACUCCUGGACAAAGUCAAUGUCAGAGGCUUAUCUGCAGUGACUAAUGAGACGUGCAAAUUACUCGGUACUCAUUGUCCCGUCCUCUCUUCCAUUGAUCUUAGCCGCUGUCAUGGCAUGGACGCGUACGGUGUCUUGUCGUUCUUUGCUCCGCACAGCGAGUACCGAACAGUCCUAAUGCUGAGGCGCCUUCGCCUGGCCGGUCUCAAGCGUGCUGGUGACAGGCUUCUUUCGGUGCUUGGACGUUAUGCUCCGAACCUCGAGAUUCUUGAUCUCAGCGGCGCACGCGAGCUGCAUAAUACAGCUAUAGAAGCUUUUGUGACAUGCGCUGAAGAUGGAGACUCUUCACAAGAAGUCCUGCUGACUUCUCGGGAGGCUGGACGUGAUCCUGGUGAUCCCACGAAGUACCGACGCCGUGUCACGAAGCUUCGCCAUCUCUCGCUUUCGUAUUGUCCCUUGCUUACCGACCACGCAUGCUCGCACCUGGCUUAUGCAGUGCCGCAGUUGGAGUUCCUCGAGCUUGCCGGUGUUGGAGCUGAGCUUAAGGAUGAUGGUUUAGUUCGUUUACUGAAUACCACCCCGCUUAUUCGUCGCCUUGAUCUUGAUGAGGCGUGCGAGCUCACGGAUGCAACAUUGGCCGUUCUGACACCACGAAUAUUUGAGGAGGAACCGACGAACGUGCAAAGAUUGGCGCCAGGUUCGCAACUUGAGGUUUUGAAUCUAUCCUAUGCGGUCCAGCUGUCAAACGAUGCGAUCCUCGCACUGGUUCGUAACUGUACGCGUCUCGUGCAUAUCGAGUUGGAUAGCACACGGGUCAGUGGUAAUAGUGUCAAGGAAUUUGUUCGUUUAUCGCGAAAGCGAGAGGCAGUGGACGCGGAGAUCGUAGUGGUCGAUUGUCGUCAUGUCGGUGACAGCGCUGUGAAAGAGCUCCAUGGGACGACGCGCACGCGGAAAGGCUGGCGUGCGUGGGAAGCACAACACUUGCAUUAUCUCGAUGCACGGGAUGACGAAGGACUCGGAGUUGGGACGGACGAAUGUGAUGAGAAACGGGUGGCGUUGAAGUCAUUUUACCAGUGGCAGACGGUGGAUGCUGUCGAGGCUGCGCGCGAGAAGCGACGCAAGUCGAAGAAGAAUGGCCGCGGAGAAGAGGAAGUCGCUUUUACGAGACGCUCAUCUUCAAAGUGGUGGUCGCCAGGUUCGAGACGAGGAUCUGGCUCAGCGUCACCCGUCACCUGGACUGGGGAUAGAGAAAGAGAAGGUUGUAUCAUAAUGUAA